AUGGCCUCUAAUAAGUCAAUAGAGGAACCGUCGCUUUCCACUGCAAUGGAAACAGAGCGGAGUGAAUGUGGGGCUAAAAACAACGAAUCGAUACCCGCUUCACAGAUGAAAAAGCCUGAUGAGCGCCGGAGUUUCAACCCCGCAGAAAUGCUGUCUCCAAGGCAAUUAGGCCCACCAAAUCCAGCUUACAGUAAUCGUGAAACAACUUCAGUGGAAGUUGACAAUCCAGAACCAGAUUCUGUACACCGAAUUUUGGGUCGAGCUUCAUCAGCAUCCUCCUUCAGUGGCCAUAAUCCUCCUUGGCCUUCCUCAAUAUUGGCACCUCAUCCUUCUCUUGCUGCUACCACGACUUCUGCAUCUGCUACUUCUAAAAAUCCUCAUCUAAUUCCUGGCCAAACAAUUGCAAAUAAUUUCUCAAAUACAAAUCCAGUGAACGCUUAUUUAUUGCCAAACAUCUCUCAAAACACCCAGCCUCUGCCAAACCCAUCUGGCACAAACAAAGGCAGCUUUUCUGAUAAUUCUUCAAAGGGUCCCAUUCAUCCUACCCAGGUGCCCUCAAGUUCUGUACGCCCACCAGGUAUAACUUCUGGUCAUGGAUCUUCUUCCUCUGUUCAUCCAGGUCAGAUGUCACCCAGUUCUUUGCAUGCUGGUCAGGUAUCUCCUCAAGCACUUCACCAUAAUCAGGUGUCUUCAAAUCCAGUGCACCCAGGUCAGAUGUCACCUAAUUCAGUGCACCCUAAUCAAGUAGUCUCUGGUUUUAUUAGCUCUGCUCAGAUACCUGCCAGUUCCAUGCACUCAACCCAGGUGCCGGGUAGCUCUGUUCAUCAUGCACAAGUAAAAGGUAGCCUAAUGCACCCAGGCCAAGUGCCUAGUAGUAGUUCCAUACACUUAGCUCAGGUGUCAACUAGUUCUUUGCACCUGGCCCAGGUGUCUGCCAGUUCAACGCAUCCAGCACCAGUAUCUGACAGUUCUACUCACCCUGUACAAGUGUCAGCUAGUCCUGUGCAUCCUAGCCAGGUGCCAGUCAAUCCAGCACACCCGGCCCAGGUGCCAGUCAGUACUGUACACUCAUCCCAAGUCUCAGCCAGUACUGCUGUCUUAUCCCAAGUAUCAACAAAUAUUUCACACUCACCACAAGUGUCAGCUAGUUCAGCAUCCCCAUCUCAAGUCCUGGCUAGCUCUGUACACCAGUCUCCAGUAAAUGUUACCUAUUCUUCUCAGGUAUCUAUACAUUCACCUAUUUUGUCUGCAAGUCUUGCUUCUCAACCACAAGUAACAGCCAGCAUUGCACAACUGCCUGAGGUAUCAGCUUCCCCUGUCCCAGUCACAACUAAUCCUUUAAAUCUGGUCCAAGUGGCAGCAAGUUCUACUCAUCCCAUUCAGAUACUACCCAGCUCUGUGAAUCCAACCCAGGCAACAGUUAGUUCCAUUCAUUCAGCUCAGAUUUCAGCUGCUUCUCUACCUUCAGGUCAAGUGUCAGCCAGUUCCACAAAGCAAGGCCAAGCUGCUGCAAGUUCAUCUAAAACAGAUGAUGUUUCAGCCAGCUCAACACAACCUGAACUAGUCUCUGGAAGCUUUAUGAAAAGUAAUACAGUUUCUGGAAGCUCUGUGAAGACAAGUCGGAUGUAUGCAAGUUCUUCAAGAAGCAGAGGCCAACAGCAGGUUUCAGCUAGUUCAUCUAACAAUGACCAUGUGUCUGCAAGCUCAACAAAAUCAGAUCAUGUAUCUGCCAGCUCAAUGAAGAGUGAUCGACUGCUGGCAAGCUCCACUGAGAACUCAUGUGUUAGUUCAGCUGUCAGCAGUCAGGUAUCUGCCAGUGGAGCUCUGAACCAAGUCUCUGCCAGUGGCAUCUCUGCUGCUAGUUCUACCCAGAGCAGCUCAAUAUCAGCCAGUUCAUCUCAGAACAAUCAACCAAUAGCCAGUUCUACUGAGAACGGUCAAGUAUCUGCUAGCUCUACAGAGAACAGCCACGUUUCAGCCAGCAACCAGGUGAGCGCCAGUACUCUGGACAAUGACCAAGUAAGUGCUAGUUCCACUGGGCGAAACCAGGUCUCAGCAAGUUCCUCUGCCAACUGUCAGGACACUGUUCAGGUCAGCUCAAUGGAUAAUAGCAGCAAUCUUGCAAGCUCUUCAGAAAAUGGACAGGUAUCAGCCAGUUCUACAGAAACUUGCCAAGUUAGCGCCAGUUCCACAGAGAAUAAUCAGGCUGCUGUUAGUUCUAUGGAAGUGGACCAAGAGGGCAGCUUGGACGGUGCUACCUCAUCAGGCAACAAUCUUGGUGACAAUGCUGUAGACUGUGAUGCCUCAGAUUCUGCUACAACAACUUAUGCAGGCACCGGUAGCGAGCGGUCUAACAGUCAAGGCAUUUCAAGUUCUAGUGAAUUCCGAAGACCAGCCAAUAAAUCACCAGCAUCAAACAAUGAUGCUAACUCAUUGGAAGGUUCUGAAGCUACUUGCACUGUCAAAGAUGCUUCCCAAGUGGCUACAUCCAGUCAAGUAAUAUCAGCGAAAACUGAAACCAACCAGGCGACAUCAAGUUCAGCUGUGGCAUCUUCAAGCUCUUUGGAAGAAACAAAGCCUUGUUCUGUUUCUGAACCAACUUCUAGCUCAACAGAGAAUGUCGCUUUAGUUUCCAAUUCAACAGCUGAGGAUAAUGAAACCUCCAUGGAAGUGUGCACUCAAGAGGCAGCUGAUUCGGUAUCUGCCAGUGUGGAGUCAAAUGGUAAAGAACUUGAGAAUGGUGAUGCUAACCUCAGUGAAACUCCUACUUCCAAUGGUUUGGCUCCACCAACAUCUGUUACCACAUCAGAGAAAAGCACACCCAGCAAGAAGGACCAUUAUCCAGCUUAUGAACAUGUGGAAUAUGAUGAAUAUGAACAACCCAACCAUUUCAGCCAAACCUUUCCUGCUGAAAAUUUAUUUGAGUAUCAAUGGCCAGACAAAAGUGGUGAGUGGUAUAUCCUCCAAGAACAAGUCAGUGAAUAUCUUGGUGUGAAAUCAUUCAAACGCAAAUAUCCAGAUCUCAAAAGACGAUCAGCUGAAAUGAAAGAAAAAGAAUUUUUACGAGAAAGAGGUGUUGUAACAGAAACUCAGUGUGAUCUUGGCCUGUCUGCUUUACGGUGUGAAGAAGUUUAUGAUUUGAUGCUCAGAGAUUACCCAGAAAAAUAUCAGGAAUAUUCUGCUGUACUUCAUGAACGGGAACGCCAAAUAAUCAAUGAGAAACACAAAGGCUAUGAAGCACCGCCUAAACUAGAGAAGAGCAAGAUGGCUGAUUACGUGAAGAAAGCAAUGAAAUCAGCCUCAGAAUUUAACAGCCAAUUCCAGAAAGAAAGGAGAGAAGACAGACGUGCAUAUUUUGAUUUACAGACAAUGGUAAUACAUUAUCCUGCACACAAAUACAAAAAGAUGGAUCCAGAAUUCAGCAAAGUCACUGCCUAUCCUGUCAGUCUAAUCCCAGGACAAUACCAAGAAUAUUAUAGAAAAUACAAGCCAAAUGAGUUGAAAUAUUUUCCCCUCAACACGGCAAUCUAUGGCCCUCCAAAACGAAUUGUCAAUCCUCUUGUCAAAGUUACAAGUGGGGAAUCUGACGAUGAUGUGGAUGAUAGCCAAGAGGAUCAGGCAGAUUCAGGAUCUGAUGCUGAUAGCAAUGACAACGAUUCCACAAUCAGUCCCCAAGACCAAGGGCUCGUAAAACUCCUAUGGAGCCCAAAGAUUCAAAAGAGUCUUCAGAAAACCAGAAAAAGGAGUGCCGUUUCUGUCACAAAGGUCCAGGCAAAGGACGCGCCAAAAAAGAUGAACUGGUCAGCUGUUCUGAAUGUGGAUCAACUGGAGGAAAACCACAGGGAAGACGUUCUAAGAAAGAGAAACAGAAGUGGAGCAAACAGAAGAAUGUCCAAGAGAAGGGGAGGAAAAGGAGUAUUGCUAAGAAGCAGCAUUAAGGAGGAGGAGGAGGAGGAGGAGGCAGGUCAUCCUGCUUGCUUGAAUUUGACCAAAGCAAUGGUGUCUAUAAUAAAGAGUUAUCCUUGGCAGUGCAUGGAGUGCAAGACUUGUGUUCGCUGUAUGGACCCUUAUGACGAGGAUAAAAUGAUGUUCUGUGACAGAUGUGAUCGUGGCUAUCAUACUUUCUGUCCACACCAAUCAAGGCCAAAAGAAACUAUCGAAAGCAAAAAAAAUGGCAACAGUGGGAAGAUAAAUAAAUGUUACAGACGUCAUUUCCCAACAGCUCAUUAUCGUUCCUCCUCCUCCUCCUCCUUCAUGGGUUUGCUACUUCUCUCAUGA